AUGUUAACUUCGGUGUUCUUCAUCAAACUUUCAGAGUUGUUUCGACGAUGCAUAUUACCACUUAGUUUCGUACGGCUCUCCGCCCUGGCAUCCUCGUCUGCACCUGAAACUGCACAAACUAUUAUGCUACCGUGGUUCGAAACUUUCCUGCCGUUCCUGGAUACUCCAGCUACGGUCAGGAUGCCUCACGUUGUGUCCUUUGUCUCGACAAUAGACAUCGGGAUCUGGCGGAUCUCAAAUCCCUCCACACUAUGCGUUUUGCUGCUUGCUACCCGAUCGAACGAGCUUCCGUUGGCCGCCACAAGUGAACAAUGUGCAAUGGAAGCCAGGGUUGCAUGUUCGCCGAUUUAUGAGUUGUCGCCAAAGUAG